AUGUGCCCUUCCUCAACGUCGUUUGAUGAUGACGAUGAUGUUGGUAAGAUGGAAACAACGCGAGCGCCAUCCGUCGUGGGAAUAUCUUCCAAUAGAAUGAGGUCAGAGAUUUAUAAAACAACAGAAAAAGGGCCGAAAAUUACGUUCCGACAUUCAGAGUUGAAUCACAACACUACUACAUCAACAAGUUCGAAUUCUUCAUCAUCAUCAUCCAACAACUCUUCAUCAUCCUCAUCGACUUCAUCAAGAACCUCUUCUGCAUCUCAGCAAUUAAAUCCGAUCAAAAAGGUGUCAAAAUACAUUGGAGCUUCUGCUUCCCCUGAACAAGAGGAGUCUGAUGAACAUUUGAUUCUCAAUGAACCUUUAUCUCCUUCAUCAAAAGGAUUGAUUAAAACAAUUAUGAAAAGUACAGUGAAUGGAGGAAUUGAAAUUAAACGAUUCGAUACAGUCACAACCUCAGUGGCUUGUGGUGCCCCACAGACAACAGGAUAUGGAGAAGCAAUUCUUUCUCCAAAGAGUGCUCAAGAACAAAUACCGCUCUCGCCAAUAGAACCUAAAAGAAGAGAAAGUUCAAAUAAUUCUCCAUCAACGAUAGGCAAUCAAGAAAGUCCUGUUAAGGCUAUUGAAGGAGGCCAAUCCGCUGCUGGAUUGAUGUCCGAAAAAGAGAAACGAACGCUUCAAGUUGUGAAGCUGAAUGUUGGAGGUAAAAUAUUUCAGACCACAACGAAGACUUUAAAAAAGUCAGAAAUUCUUUACUAUCUCUAUCGAAGCUCUAGAUCUGCAAAGAAGAAGGAAAAUUCAAUCGAAGCAAUCACCGACGAAAACGGUAUAAUUUUCAUCGAUAGAGAUCCAAAAUAUUUCAGCUAUGUUUUGAAUUAUUUGAGGGAUGGUCAAUUUAUUGGAUAUAUUGAAGAUUUCUCAAACGAUUUAAUCGAGCACAUCAUCCACGAAGCAAAUUAUUUCAAAAUUAAUGGUCUCAUUAAUGAAAUUGAGGAACAACAAGUUAGAAAUGUAAAAUUUGAUCCAUCGACUUUGGAGGAUUGUCAACUGCGACAUUACAAUCAAGAAGUUGUCAAGAAAUCCGAAUCAGGUUCUCUCUAUUCGUGUCUUAAUUUUGUUGUUAACAAGAAACGAACCUCACUUUGUAAUAAUCCAUACAGAUAUUACACUAAGUUUGUUCUCCGUUAUGGAGACUCUAGUAAUUUAGCGUUGGGAGUAACAUGCAAAGAAACAGAUAAAUGGAAACGAUUUGAAAUCCUCAAGAAAAUCAAAGAAAAAGACACCAUUGCAAUUUGGUACAAUUAUGAAGCAGAACAACUUGUCCUGUAUUGGAAUGAUGUUCAAGUGCAACGAAAAACGUUCAAAAUUGAUUCCAAUAACUGGGUGUUUCAUGUUGAAAUGUUUGCCGAUGAUAAUUAUUGUGGACUGAAGAUUGCUCAAACUUGUCAUCCACAAUUAGGAGUUGAUUCAUCCGAAGAGACACAUGUCAAGUAA